CAUGGGGGUUCGCUAUAAAAGGGCGCCGGGGGCUGCCGCGCCAGCCAGACGCGCCGGGCCGCCCCAAGCUGCCGCCUGCCCUCGCUGCCAGCAGGAGCCAGCGCCCUCCGUCCUGCGGCGGCCACAGCCUUCUCCCUCCGUCUCCUUCCCUCUUCUUUAACUUUGUUUCUUAUAAAAGAAAAAAAAAAAAGGUUUAGCUUGAGUUUUGCUCCCGCUAUGGAUUACUCGCACGUCGUCCUCCCGCUGCUCUUCGUGCUAUGCCCGGGGCUGCUGCCGGCAGCCCCCGGAGCCGAGGUGGGCUCCGCUCCACCGCCCCCCGCCGCCCUGCACCGCCGCGCACGGCGCUGCUCCUGCUCAUCGCUGCUGGACGAGGAGUGCGUCUACUUCUGCCACUUGGACAUCAUCUGGAUCAACACCCCUGAGAAGACCGUUCCUUAUGGUCUUGGAGGCCCUUCUCGAUCCAGAAGAUCUCUGAAGGACAUGGUGCCUGAGAUGCUCACUGAAGCCAGCAGCAGAUGCCGAUGUGCCAACCAGAAAGACAAGAAAUGUCUGAACUUCUGCCAGACAGGAAAAGAUCUCUGGGCUCAGUCCACAGUGGAGAUGACCUUGCAUCAUCACAACAAAGGUGGCAAUUGCAUUGGACCCAAAUGCAUGAACCAACAGUUUGUUGACAGCAGGAAGAUUAAGAGGCUGGAGGCCAUUGGUAACAGUAUCAAAGCUUCCUUCAGUAUUGCAAAGCUGAAGGCUGAGCACCAGAAAGGGUGGAAGCUUAAACAUAACAGGGCAAACAAAAGGCAAAGCAUCUGGGAAAGCCUGAAAACAUCCUAGUGGGAAGAUCACCCCAAUCUUUCUCCAUCACAUUUGCUGCCGAAGCAUCAUCAAAACUCUCCUUUGACUUUUAACAUUCCGCUACGGCAAAGGGCCUCUGUCCAAGUGUUUGUGCAGCAAAGCAAAACACUGAGGAAAUCCCAUAUAUGGAGGUAUAAAAGCAAAGGAUUUCAUCCUUCUGGAAUUCAGACAGAUAGUAGAGGGGGAGAAAGGAAAUCCACAUGUAACAUGUUAAAAGCUAUCUCUAUGAAGAAAUAGUUGAAUAUUACUUCUGGAAUGUUACUCAUCAAUUGAGCAGCUUUCAGGGUCUACAGCAAAUGCAUUUUGCAAGGAAGACCUCGCAGAUGUGCUUAAAAAGGACAGAAAGCAAGAUCUGAGCAGACAAACUUCAAAGCAAAAACUCUAUUUCUUGACUAAAAUGCAAAAAUUAAAGCCACAGUGCUACUUUAACCAGGACUUACUGCAUAUAUACAUGUCUACCUCGCAUGCUGUUUGUUGCACUCCUGCUAGAGCAUUUUCACACCUUUUUAUUGCCUUUAGUAAUCAGUAGCAACCCUUUGCCUUUUUUUUCAGAAGUCUAGUUUACUUGUACAACUGGAGUUAACUGAAUGUGGGUUCGAUGCUGUGCUUGUUUGCAUAGGUAGAGUUCAUUGGUUUUGGAUACCAAAGGACUGUUCAACAGAAAAUAAGCAUUAGAGAACACUACUAGAUUUCCCAUAACAAUGAUAUCUUGAUAACAAGUUCUAAUAAUAGAGGUUGUUACGUCUUACACGCCACCAAAACAGCACUGGAGCAGAGCUGUAACAGAUACUGUUGUUGGGUUCAUUCAGUGCUUUGUUUGGUAUAAAUGUGUAGAGACAAAGGGUUGUCUUAAAUUAUGUGAAAAGGCUAAUAUUGUGUGAAUGUUAUAUCAGUGAAUUUGUUCGCAUUGAUGAAUUUGCUGACAGGUUUGAUUGAAUUUUAUGUGCUUAAUUUUUAGGUGGUAUGUAUUUAUAUUCACACAAGUUCUUCAUUAUAUUUACCAUGUUGAAUACACAUUGAAGUAGGCCAUAUUGGUCUAUGCAUGUUUUAUGUAUUUCUGUAUGAAAUUGGGAAAUGCUUUAUGCCUAUCAAGGUAAAUAUUUUCAGAAAUAAAUAUUUUUAAUUACUGUA